AUGGUAACAACACUUCUGCAUGGAUUGCUAAACAGUGAAAAAGGAACGAUGAGCAGUAUUUUGAAUGUUCAUGAAACCAUUACUUUCGAUGAUUCAAUUCAUCGAAUUGAGAACCAUGCAUACAAACCGUAUGGACAAUCAGUAUUUGGGUAUAAUGAUUCAGUAUCAAUUGUCAUUCAAAAUGAUAACAGUUACUUAUUACCUUCAGAAAGUAGAUUAUUCAUUGAAGGAAAAAUAGUAAAUACGGCUAAAACUAAGGCAACUGAUGCUAAUUUAGGCAAAAACUGUGCACUUUUCUUAUUUUCAGAACUUCAAUAUCGUCUUAAUAAUGAAGUUGUUGACCAUGUUCGUAAUCCUGGAAUUACUACACUUCUGAAGGGAACUGCAUCUUUUACACCUGAUCAUUCCAAUAUACUGUUAAAUGCAGGAUGGGGCUCAGUUGCAAACAUCAAAGAACUUGUAGAUAGUAAAGGACAUUUCAACUUCUGUAUUCCUUUGAAAAUGAUAUUUGGCUUUUGUGAAGAUUAUAAAAAAAUUAUACUCAAUGCACAACAUGAAUUAGUUUUAAUUCGUAACAGGAAUGAUACAUCGUCCGUAUUAGCAACUAAAUCAGAUCCAGAUGUGCAAAUAAUACUGGAAAAAGUGUGGUGGGAAAUGCCUCAUGUGCAUGUAGCAGAUAAAAAUCAAAUUCCAUUGUGGAAUAUUUUGAAAAAUGAUAGAAGUUUAAGACUUGCCUUUCGUCAUUGGGAUUUAAUAGAAAGCAUAGCACCAGAGAUUAAUUUUUGGUCCUGGCAAAUUAAGUUCACAACACAUCUGGAAACUGCUAGAUAUGUAAUUUUGGGUUUUCAAGUUGAUAGGGAAGCCUAUGACAAAGAUUCUAGUAUAUUUGAUAGUGUAGAUAUAACAAAUUUGAAAGUGUAUUUAAAUUCUGUGCGAUAUCCAGAAGAAAACUUUCUAUGUGAUUUUGAAACCAAAACAUUGGCUCAUGCAUAUGAUUUAUAUUCAAGAUUUCAGCCUUCAUAUUAUAUUUAUAAUGGAUUAAGUAAUCCACUUUUCAGUCCAAUUGAAUUCCAUAACAACCCCAUAUUUGUUAUUGAUUGUUCACAUCAAAAUGAAUCAAUAAAAUCCUCCAUAAUAGAUGUGAAGAUUGAGAUAGAAACAAAGAAUCCGUUUAAAAGAAACACAAUGGCAUACUGUCUUGUAAUACAUGAUGUUAUUAUUGAUAUGAACCCCACUACCAACCGUGUGAUAAAACGUGUGCAGAUAUAA